GGAGAGGAGCCCAGCCCUGGAUUCCAGCUGACCCCAUUCAGUGAUCAGCCCUGAACAUAGACCACUCACCAUGGAGUUAGUGCUGUGCUGGAUUUUCUUUGUUGCUAUUUUUAAAGGUGUCCAGUGUGAGGUGCAGCUGGUGGAGUCUGGGGGAGGCUUGGUCCAGCCUGGAGGGGCUCUGAAACUCUCAUGUGCAGCCUCUGGAUUCACCUUCAGUAGCUAUGACAUGAGCUGGGUCCGUCAGGCUCCAGGAAAGGGGCUGGAGUGGAUUGCAGCAAUUUACAGUGCUGGUAGCACGUACUACGCAGACUCUGUGAAGGGCCGAUUCACCAUCUCCAGAGACAAUAACAAGAACCAGCUGUAUCUGCAAAUGAACAGCCUGAGAGCCGAGGACACAGCCGUGUAUUACUGUACAACAGGCACAGUGAGGAGACUUCAGUGUGAGCCCAGACAUAAACCUCCCUGCAGUGCUCUGAGCGACCAGAAGGGAGUCCCCUGGCCUCCUCACAACAGCUUUAGACUAUUCAUGCAGGACCUGGGCAUGAACUCCUGUGGAGAGGAGGUGGUGUGCAUCAAUCCCACAUUAGACUCUUGCCCCUUUUCAAGCCUGGGACUGGAGAGCCCCUUUCCUGGAGCAUCUGCCACCCAAAAGAAGAAGCUCCAGCUGUCGCCCAUGGUGAUUGAUGGAGAACAAGAGAUACUGAGUGUGAGUGGACAUGAGCGAGAGAACAGUGUCCAGUGUGAGGUGCAACUGGUGGAGCCUGGGGGAGGCUUGGUGCAGCCUGGAGGAUCCAUGAGACUCUCCUGUGCAGCCUCUGGAUUCACCUUCAGUGAUUACUACAUGAAUUGG